AUGCUUGUUGAGCUGGAAGAAUAUCUAAAGAUUGGUGGUCACAAUGUUCAUGUUAACCCUAAUGCUCUGUUUUCACGGCUGGUUGUUCUGCUGGAGAGACGCGAAGAUGUGAUUCCGUUCUUCAAAAAACUGUCUUUCUCACUUUCUUCUUUUCUUUUCUUUUCUUUUAUUCCUUUUCUUUUCUUUAUAGAUUACCUUCCAUUGAUUCAUUAUUUUAUUUCUUUCUUAAAAAAACUAUUUUUCCUUUUUUCUUUCUUUUCUUUCUUUUAUUUUUGCCAUUGCUAUCUUGACAUAUCUUCUUCCCUUCUCUCCUUCAAAAAAAAACAAUCUUUCUUUCUUCUUUUCUGCCUUUCUUUCUUUCUUUUUUCUCCCUUCCUUUUUUCUUUUCUUUCUUUCUCUUUUUCUUUCUUUCUUUUUUGCUUUCUUUCUUCUUUCAUUCCUUCCUUUCAUUCUUUCUUCCUUCUUUCUUUCUUUCUUUUUUCUUUAUUUCUUCCUUUUAACCUUCCUUUCUUUCUUUCUUUUUUGCUUUCUUCCUUCCUUCCUUCCUUCCUUUCCUUCUUUCUUUCUUUCGUUCUUUCUUUCUUUCUUUCAAUCCUUCUAUUACCAUCAUAUUUCUUGCUUUUCCUCUUUCUUUCUUCAUUUCUCCCUUUCUUUCUUUCUUUUUCUUUCUAUCUUCCUUCCUUUUUUCUUUCUUUCUUUCUUUCUCCAUCAUAUUUCUUGAUUUCCCCCCUUUCUUUCUUUCUUUCUUUCUUUCUCCCGUUCUUUCUUUCUUUCUUUCUUUCUUUAUUUCUUUCUUUUUUCUUUCUUCCUUUCAUCCCGCCUUCCUUCAUUUCUUUCUUCCUCCAUUUCUUUUUUUUUCUUUUCUUUCUUUCUUUCUUUCUUUCUUUCUUUCUUUCUUUCUUUCUUUCUUUACCAAACAUCCGGUUCGUUCAUUUCCCCACCUCACCUCUUUUCCUCCAAUCACUUUUCGUAGAUCGUAGAGUGCUCAAUAAACUAUCACCGAAUCAAUAUUUGGGGCUGUAUAUAUAUUUCACACACACACACACACACACACACACUCACUCUCUCUCUCUCUCUCUCUCUCUUUUUCUCUCUCUUUCUUUCUUUCUUUCUUUCUUUCUUUCUAUCUCUCUUUAUUCCUUACUCUCUGUUUUUAUUUGUCUCUUCCUCUCUUUGUAUUUCUCUAUCUCUCUGGUCCUUUCUUUCUUUCUUUCUCUGUCCCUUUCUCUCUUUCUUUCUAUCUCUACCUGUCCCUCCCUCUCGUUCUUUCUUUCUAUCUCUCUCUGUCCCUUUUUCUCUUUUUCUAUCUCUCUAUCUCUCUAUCUCUCUGUCCCUUUCUCUCUUUCGUUCUAUCUAUAUCUCUCUGUUCUUUUUCGCUCUUUCUUCUAUCUCUCUCCCUUUCUCUCUUUCUUUCUAUCUCUCUGUCUCUCUCUGUCCCUUUCUCUCUUUCUUGUAAUCUCUCUCUCUCUCUCGCUCUCUCUGUUUCCUUUCUCUCUUUCUUCCUAUUUCUCUAUCUCCCUCUGUCCCUUUUUCUCUUUCUAUCUAUCUAUCUAUCUAUCUAUCUAUCUAUCUAUCUAUCUAUCCCUUUCUCUCUUUCUUUUUAUCUCUCUAACUCUCUCUGUCCCUAUCUCUCUUUCUUGUAAUCUCUCUCUCUCUCUCUCUGUCCCUUUCAUUCUUUUUUUCUACCUCUGUCUGUCUCUCACUUCCUUUCUCUCUUUCUUUCUAUUUCUCUAUCUCCCCCUGUCCCUUUUUCUCUUUCUAUCUAUCUAUCUAUCUAUCUAUCUAUCUAUCUAUCUAUCUAUCCCUUUCUCUCUUUCUUUUAUCUCUAACUCUCUCUGUCCCUAUCUCUCUUUCUUGUAA